GACAUAACUCAAAACUAUGGUAAAUGACGCGGUUUUACGGUCUUCCGCACACUGCACGCUUGCUUCAGGUUUGUUUGUCGAACUCUCCGUUCUUCAAACUCUUUGAAUGUUGCGUGCUCUGCCUGCUGCUGGGGCGGUCAGAGCACCCACUCAAAGGGGUGCUUUGCGAGUGACACGUAGGUAUGCUACGGAGUCGUCUGCGUCACCUAUAGCCCCCAAGAAGAAAAGGCACCCUAUUCGGAGGCUUAUUAUCUACAGUACUGCCGCUACUGCAACUUUCUACGUCGGAAGCGCGUUCAUUGCACUCAAGAACCCGAAAUACUAUGACGUUUUUGUCGAGAACGUGCCGUUGGGUGGUUCGCUCAUUCAAUAUGCUGAAGACCACAAUUGGGACACCCUGACGUUGCAGAAGAUCAUCGACUACAGCAAGGACCGAGCUCUUGCGCUUCAGGAGCUGCUCAAAGGAGAGAAGGUUGAGUCUGCAGUGGAGAAGACCAAGCGUGUUGCAGAACAAACACUGGAGAAGUCCAAGGAGCGGAUACAGUCCCUUACGCACAGUCUGAUGACAAGAGUGGAGAAGAGCCCGGACAAAAUCUACGACAAGGGUUCUAAGGCCGUUGCUAUUGCGAAACAUCGUUCCGUCGAAUUCUCGGAAGGCGUGGAGGAGCUUGUGCGUAAAGCGGAAGCGGCGAUCGCUGGAAAGCAUGUCAAGGACCAACCGGCUAGCGUAACUUCUGAAGUGGUCGACACCUCGAUUACUCCUGCUGUUGUGGAACCGCUACCUGAGCAACCAGUGGAGGUUCAAACACAACCUGACACCACCGGUAAAGUCUACGAUGCACCUCUUCCUGUCGGCUUCGAACCACCACCAGGUUACGCGCGUCCCAAACCAGCUAAAGUCCCUGAACACGAACCUGUCAAGGCCGCCCCCACUCCAGAGCCUCUGCCUCUUGUCGCACCUGCGGUGCAGGAAUUCAGCGCAACGGAGCCGGUGAUAUCGCAACUGGCCUCUGUCAUUGACAACCUCGCUUCGUUCCUUCAGAGCAGUCCGACCGCGGCCGAGAAGGCACGCGACAUCCUGGACACCGCCAAGGUCGACUUGACUCAACUGGCUUCACGGUUUGACCAAGUCAAGGCGGAGGAAAGGUCUAAGUUGGAGGCACAACUGGAUGAGCAAACUCGGGAAUACACGCUGAAGCUUCUGGAGCUGGAAAUGGAGGGUCAGGACAAGUUGGACAGCCAGGAGGAAGGUUUCAGGAAGUUCUUCGAAGACGAGAAGGCCAAGUUCAUUCAAGCGUACCGCGAAAAGUUGAACCGUGAACUCCAGACUCAGAGCGAGAUUAUCAACGAGCGUCUGAAGGAGGAAGUCAUCGCACAAGGUAUCGAACUUCAACGGCGUUGGAUCCGUGACAUCAAGGUGCGCGUCGAACAAGAACGUGGUGGUCGUCUCGCGAAGCUGGACGAGCUUGCAACAGAACUGAAACGUCUCGAACGCGUCGCUCUCGAUAACUCGGCCUUCCUCGAUGAGAACCUGCGGAUACAUGCGUUCUGGUCUGCCCUCCGUGCGCUCACACACGCCGUAGAUGGGACUGAAAGGAAACCAUUCCGCGACGAACUGCGCGUCUUGAGGCAUAUUUCUGCUGCACGUGAAGACCCCGUCGUCACUUCCGUUCUGGAUACCCUCCAGUCCUCCGAGGUUCCAGAUAUCGGUGUCGAGCCGUUCGCUGAUCUUUCCUUGUGGUUUACCACCUCUGUCGCUCCUCGUGUUUCCCGUGUCGCUCUCGUGCCUGAUCAGAACGCUGGCGUCCUCUCGCAUUUGGCCUCGCAUGUCCUUACGUCCUUCACAUUCCAACCACAUGGGAAUGUUCAGGGCUCGGAUGUGUUGAGCACAUUGGCGAGGGCAGAGUUCUAUAUCAAUGAGAAGGAUCUGGAUAGUGCUGCAAGGGAACUCAACCAGCUUAGUGGUACUGCCAAGGUUCUGUUGUCGGAUUGGUUAGAUGCUGCUAGGAAACGGUUAGAAGUCAUGCAGGCCCUCGAGGUAUGUUCCAAAGUCUCUGAAAUUCUCUGUCGGUAUCUGAUAUAUGGGUAUAUUACGCAGGUCAUGCAAACACAAGCGACACUUGCUUCUCUACUGAUCGCUAAAGAUUAGAGUACAUAUAUUCCCUAACCAUUCCUUAUCCAAAAAAUGAGUCACAGGACUUUCCUAGAUGGUACAACAUAUACACAAGCGAGUACACACUCCAUUUUCCAAAGGCACAGGUAAGGUUGCAGAAUCCAAGAAAGCCCACGCUCAGUUUUGAAUGCCGGCAGCGAUGCCCAGCGCACAUUCGCAGACUACCUGUGCUCUGCGGACGACGGUCUGAACAUGUUCUCCAUGUUGACCGUUAACGCCCAUGGGCCCACGAGUGACCUUGACAAGCCCAGGGAACACUGUCGUCCCGACGCGAUCAGGUUCACCUCUUUCGCUCUUUACGCAUCUCUUCACUAGCUCGAUUUGCCUCGGAUAUAACGUACUUGCGAGCUCUGGUACGAACGCACGAUAGAACGCGUCCACAGUUCCACCUGAGCUUGAAGGUGCUCCAUGAAGCAUACGAGAGAAUUCGUAGCCAUGCUCCAGUACAGUGAACGCUGAGAAAACAUCAUCUUUCUCAUUGCCUCGGU